AUGGUCAUCGGUCUACUCAUCCUGUCCGCCAUCCCCACCGUAGCGGGGGUGUCUCUCGCCUCCAACGAACAGCGAAAAGCCAACGAGCGCAAGAACGACGAGCGUCGCAUGGCCAAAUUCUACAUCGAUGUCGCCGCGCCACCCCACAAUAUCGAGGAUCCGGAGGUACAUGGCAGACGGGUGGUUUUGCGGGACUUCAAGGUUUUUCUUGAUGACCCCGAUCCCACGAAACGAGAAACCCCCGCGCAUACCGCCCAAGCAUUCUACAUCGAGUACCCGGAGUUCGAUCACAUGAAACAUCUGAAGCGCGGGCUCGGCGUCGCGACGUCGAUCUCGGACAAUCCGCCGAUGUUGGGGUGGAUCUAUGCGGAUCAGGACACGCAUGAGCUCAAGUAUGGGAACCGGACGCAGAGUUGCGAGCAUGUGAUCGGGCCGUGGGAUUGGGUCGACGAUGAGACGACCUUGACGCUGGAGGGGAGCCGGCAGUUUGUUGCGGUCAAGGAAGACGACGGCUCGUGGGGACUGUACUUCGACCGGGAUGGGGAUGAGCUGGAGGGGGUCUUGGAGGAGCAAGGGAAACUGGACAAUGAGUACUUGUUGCUACGGCUGAAGAGGAAUUUGAUCGAGCAGCCUGAAGAUAAGAAUAAAAGCAAUAAUACAUGA